AAUAAAUCUACUUUCAUACCAAUCGAGCUGUAAGAGGAAAACUGAUGUGUUUUAAGUUAGAAACUUUGAUAAGUUUAAUUGAUAAUGACAAAUCAACAACCUACAAUUGUUAACGCCGCUGUUCGUACGAAACGUCUGCGAAUUAUUUCCAUACUUGGAAUCGUUCUUAUUACCACUGGUGUUCUCACGCUUGGUUUUAGCGUCAGUGUGUAUGGAGCACUACGUACAAAAGAUGCUCCAUUAAAUCAACAUCACACUUCAGUUCUUGCAUCGUUGUGGAUUAUUGCUACUGGAAUAUUGGCUGUGUGUAUUAAUUGUAGAACACACAGUAAAGGCUUAGUCGGGACGCUCAAUGCUUUUGUAAUUACAGCUAUCGUGUUUACUUUUGUGGCUGUUGCAACAUCAGUAGCUGGAGUUGUAACCUAUGCUGAGUGCAAAAAAAUAUCAAAUUGGAGUGGCAGGAUUGGUUUUUACGAGUACUACGAAGACAAGAUUUGCAGCAAGAAUCAUGAUUAUGGAGAAAUUGUAUAUGCAAUGCUUCUAGCACUACACCUGUUGCAGAUGGCAAAUUCAAUUGCAGCCACAGUGUAUGGUUUUAAAAUUUAUAACUGCUGUAGCCAAAAUGCAGGACAAGAAUCAAAUACUCAAAUGUUUCAAGCAGCAUCACGAGAUACAGUUUUCCAAAACACAAUGGCUCCACAACCGCAGCAAAACCAAAAGCUGGUUACAAGCUCGUCUGGUGAGCAAUUUAUCUUAACACCUGUCACAUCAAUGUCGCAACGCCCUCCAAUUGGUCCGCCAGUUCCAGGAAGCACCGAAAACGGGUACGCUGCCAUGCAAUAUUCCUACAAUAAUUUUUGAUUGAAUAAUGCACCGAAAUAAAGAUACUUGCAUGUCUAUUGUAAAGACAUGUAAAUUUAACAUAUGAAUUAAAAAAUCUCUAGAGAGAAACACUAGCACGUAAUGACAAAACAUAAUAAUCACUGACACUACACACUGUAAAUUUAUAAAUAAAAUACAUUCUUUCACAAAGGGAAAAUUUAUAAUGGACUUGUAAACUAAGUAUGUCAUUCUACAACAAUCACGAUGGUUUGGUAAUAACAAAUUAGAAAUACUAUCACAACAAACUGACAGAUUACGGCGUCGAAACACCAGGUUUAGCUACAAGUAACUGUUUGAUCCUUGGACAAACGCCUAGUGGAGCGCUUAAUAAGUGCCGCAAAAUGUGUCACACGCAGGUGGAGCGCUGUAAGUACAGAUAUGCAGUAUGUCGUUAAUCGAAUGAAGCGCACAGUGCAACCCGUUGUUACGCUGUCACAACAAACACAAUCGGUCAAUAUUAUUUUACUUUAUGGAAAAAGUUUCCGCAAAAGUUAAAAAAUUAAUGCAAUCACCUGGGUAAGCGCUUAGUACAUGUAAAUCGUUUCGCAUAAACGCAAAGUGAUAAUACCUAUUUCUAAAAAUAACUUUAUCCCGUUGUUAAGACUGGGCCUGUGUCAAACAUCUGUACAAAAAACUAUAUCCUAACUUCAGCUUAAAUAAGAACACAGGAAACAGCCUGCUGAUAAACUGCGCAGCUAAUACAAUCACUCAACAAUUUUUAUUUGAAAACGUUUCCAUAAAAAUUACAACCAUAAUAAACACCCUCCAGAGUUAUGCUCACUUUCCACUACCUUACUUGUAUUAAAAUUCGCGCUGUACUAGAAUUCGCGCAGACCCAAGGUGCGCGAAAUUAAGACUGAGCGAAAAAUAAUCCGCGCGAAUAGCUUUCCUAUCACAAACUUGGAAGUCGCUUAAGAAACCCUAAAUUGAUAUGUAAUUUAGUAACAGUUUUUGUAAGUAAAAAUUUGAGAUAGUUUUCAGCUGGUAUAGUGACUUCUUUUCUGUUUUAAAUAAAAUUAAAAUUACAAUGAAACCUCUUCUUCUUCGUCUUCGUCUUCCUCCUCGACCUUUAUCUCCAGCGGGAUUUUCUCUGGCUCAAGGUAAUUUUCGAGCAUGAACCCUUUCAUUUUUCGGAAGACUUCGUUACUUGAAUCUCCUUUUCC